AGGAGCAGACUAGAGAGGAGAGAGGUGAAGAGGAGGGAGGAGAAGAGGACAGGAGAGGAACAUAAGCGUAAAGAGAAGAGGAGAGAGAAGGAGAUGAGCAGAGGAGCAAAGGAGCAAAAAGUAGAGGAGAGAGAAGCAGAGGAACAGGAGGAGAAAACAGAGGGAGGAGGAGGAGACACGAGCUGAGGCUGAAUGGUUUUUCCUUAAGCGCUGGUUCUGACCAAAACGAUCCUAUAAUGAGUUUUAUACACUAAAGAGUAAAUUAUACAGUUUUAUGAUCAUCUUUAGUCUCAGGUAACUGUGUUUGAACUUGUGUUUUUAUUCGUUUUAACGUCAAAUUCAGGAUUACGUAACUGUGCUGCUCCUCGCUGCGAGACAAAUGCAGUUUUAUUAUUUGAUCUGAUUUCUUCUCUUCUCCUCUGUGGUUUCCUCGCCUCGUCUCCUUCCGUGAGCUUUGGGACACCACUUAAUAUGGCGCGUUUGAUUGACAGCUGAAAAACGAAGGAUCGAGGAGUCCCAUUUCUCGUUCCUCGCUUCCUUCUCCUCGAUUCCUCUCCUCGACGCUGCAGGAAAUGGGUGAGGAGGCCAGCCCAGAGAACCUGCUCCUGCACGGGCCCUUCUCCAGGAAACCCAAACGCAUCCGCACGGCCUUCUCCCCCUCACAGCUGCUCCGGCUCGAGAGGGCCUUCGAGAAGAAUCACUAUGUGGUGGGAGCCGAGAGGAAACAGCUCGCGUCAGGGCUGUGUCUCACCGAAACUCAGGUGAAGGUGUGGUUCCAGAAUCGCAGGACGAAGCACAAGCGUCAGAAGCUGGAGGAGGAGUGUCCCGAGCAGCAGAAGAGGAAGGGCAGUCAGCACGUGAGCCGAUGGAGAGCGGCCACGCAGCAGGGCAGCGAAGAGGUGGACGUCAUCAGCGAAGAUUGAACAUCUACUGGGCAGCGAGGAGGUGGACGUCAUCAGCGAGGACUGGACCACUACAGCGGGACACUGAUGAACUGGACGUCACGAGUGAGGACUGGAGGACCCGAGCACUGCACCGAAAGCACUGCACCGGGCCUGACAACUGUGGGGUCAAAGGGCAAGACGCGGAGUCAAAGUGCAAAGGUGUUCGGUCAAAAUAUACAACCACAGGGUCACAAUGGACAACAAUCGACGAGUAAAAAUGCAAAAUGUUGUGUCAAAAUGCAAGACUUAAGGGUCACAGUGGACAACAAUGGGGUCAAAAUGCAAAAUUGUCAAGUAAAAAUUCUAAAUUUCAUCAAAUCAAAUCCCUUAAAUGAAAUUUAAGGGUGACAAUGAACCGCAAUGGGUCAAAAUGCAAAAUCAUCGCGUAAAAAAUGCAAAAUGUAUGGUCAAAAUGUAAGACUACUGGGUCACAAUAGAAAACAGUGGGGUCAAAAUGCCAAAUAGUCGAGUAAAAAUGCAUGAUGUAGGGUCAAAAUGUAAGACUACAGGAUAAAAAUGGACAAAAAUUGGGUCAAAAUGCAAAAUAGUUGAGUCAAA